AACCCAAAAAGAAGCUCGUCAACUGCUUCGAUUGGCAAGUAGCACCUUCCAAUUCAGUCCAAUUUCAACGAUCGCGUCAUGAUGAGCGAUGAUAGCUGCUGCCGUUUUGUUUCGCUACUAUGGUGUGGCUUCUUUCUGACCUGGAUCGCGCUAGUUCAAGGACAACAGCAGCGGAUCGCUGAGUUGAAAUGCAGAGAAUACAUUGCACGAAACACCGAAACGUCGUAUGCUGCAGACCUGGGCUUGGAUCCCGAGAUAACUGCUUAUAAGCGAACCAAUUGCUCCACAUCUAUCGAUUUGAUCAUCAAUGGGGAGGAAGCCCUUGUUGGAGAGUUUCCGCAUCAAGCAUUGCUGGGUAGACCGAAGGAAAAUGCCAAGUGGGAGUUCUACUGUGGUGGAUCGUUGAUCAGCGAGUGGUUCAUUCUGACAGCAGCACACUGCCAUCGUCCGACGAUUGUUCGCUUGGGAGAACAUGACCUUCGUGAACCAACUUACGAUGUGGUGGACUACAGCAUUAAGUAUUACAUCAAGCAUCCAAGCUAUACUGGUAGGAGGUCCUAUUACGACAUUUCACUGGUGAAGUUGGACCGUGAUGUAGAGUUCAACAAUUUGAUACGUCCCGCUUGCCUGUGGACUAAAGAUCCAUUCAACAUGACUUCCGUGGUGGCAACCGGUUUUGGUACAACUGAAUUUGGUGUUGCUAACGACUCCCCGGUACUGUUGAAGGCUAUCCUGAACGUGAUGGAGCAUUCAAAGUGCCAGCAAAAGUAUGUUGGAUAUAGGAAGUUCACCGAAGGAAUCAAGCCGGAACAGAUGUGCGUCGGAAGUAAGGCAGGGGGAAAGGAUACCUGUAAUGGCGACUCUGGUGGUCCGAUUCAGGUGGCGACCGAUGUGAACACUUGUGCUUACUACAUCGUGGGGGUAACGUCCAGUGGGGGUACGUGCGGAAUAGGAACGACUGCCUCGGUUUACACGAAGGUGGCAAGCUACUUGGACUGGAUCGAAGAAAUUGUUUGGCCUUACGAGUGGUCAGAACGGCAAGACCAGAGUGAGGAAGCUACGUUGUCGUAUGACAGCAGUCGAAUUAUUUUCCCAGAUACAAAGUGAAGUCCUCGUUUGGAAUAAGAUCUUUACCAGGGGUGUGGGCCAACUUCUUGUGUACAUCCAGGUUGAAAAAUAAAGAAUAAAA